AUGCCUGCUGUGGCAUCUCACCCUCCGAAGGUCUGGGACAUCUCUUGGCACCAAUUGUUGUCUUACCCCACGAAUUGGGGCAGCAUAUGCGCACCUCGAAUGGUAGACUGCACUAUGGGCGAUCUUUCCUCGAGGAGAAACACAUCGGAUGCGAGCGGCCGCCAGGAUGCCAUUGCCGAUAUGGUCUUUCAUGUUAUGCGGCUAGAGCUUCUAGCGGAGACUACAGACGAUGCUCGGCGCAUGCGGUAUCUUGAGAAUGUUCCUCUCAGAUGCCACAUAGAGCGUCAAUCGAUGCACGAGGCCCUCAGGGACGCCGAACUCGCAUCUCGUUUGCCUACGCUGGGUGCCAAGGGAAGAACUAUUGCAUUAUGUAAGGCGGCUAUGGACUACAUUGGUGAAGCUCUCGUCGUGCGCGUUCACGCCCCGGAAAGCGAAUUCACCAUCGAGCUACCGGACAACACACAGGAUCUUGAGGGUGUACUACUCCGGAUCGAACUUGCCAACAUCGCCUGCUUUCUGGUGCGCUCCUCGCGUACCGGCUACUCCCAGGCAAACGAGAGUGAGCUGGAUGCUUUCAUGUGGAAAUCACUCACGCGCGCAGACCCUGGACGGGAUCGGAUAACGAUAGAGCUGGACGCUAUUGCGCGCAAGUACGGUGUGAACAGGGCAUACCUCACUGACAUCGCUGCACACCUGCAAUACUACAGCAAUGGCACUGUAGCGCUUAAGAACGUUAUAGGCGACUUGCUCUAUCGCGCAGGAGGUCCCAGUCGGCUCAAGGACGAAACGCAUUCAAAGAACCGCGGCAUUUCAGAUGGCAGCACCAGACGUCAAGCGAGCCUCGACGCUGAGAAGGCAGGCCCAGACUAUCUUGUCUUGGAGAUUAUGCGGAGGGUUAGCUGGUCCCUGCAUCCCGAGAAUAAUCAGCAGUUUCAUAACUGUCUGGCUUUUCUAUGCCGUUGA